UUGGAGACGGGGAAAAAAACGCAUCACGGACAAAGGAAAUAUGGGUGAGCUGGAGAGGAUUUGCCACCGCCGGGUCCAACAAUGGAUGAGCGACUUCUGUUUCAUUCAGCUGGAGUCCAUUUAGCCAACCUUAAUGAGGUGCUGGGACGCAUGGUACUGCAAGUUAAAAAGGCGGAAGGCUGCAUUUAAUCCGUCUGCGGAUCCUAUGAGUUUGCAAUGGCUGUUGCGGGGAUACGCAACCGGCUAGGGAGCAAUGUGCCUUUUUAUUAUUUUGUGAUAUUCUCCUUAUUUUGUGGCCUUUCGUUUGGACAGUUGCGCUAUUCUGUAACGGAAGAACUCGAAAAUGGGGCACUGGUCGGUGAUCUGGCGCAUGACUUGGGGCUGGAUAUUCGAAAGCUGGCCAGCCGAAAAAUCAAGGUAACCUCCAGCAGCAGCAGCAGCAAACGCUACGUGAUUGUCAACCCUAAAAACGGCAAAUUGCUUGUUAAUGAAAGGAUCGACAGGGAGGCGCUGUGUGAUUUAUCCAGCACCUGCCUCAUCAAUCUGGAGGUCCUGGUGGAAAAUCCUACUGAGGUGCACCAUAUUGUGGUGGAGAUAGUGGAUGUCAAUGAUAAUGCACCACAGUUCCCCCGGGAUGAGUAUCAAGUUGAGAUCACAGAAUCUGCAUUACCGGGCUCUCGUUACCCAAUUGAAAAUGCCCAGGACCCGGACAUUGGGUCCAAUUCAGUUCGUAUAUAUCAGCUGAGCACAAACGACCAUUUUGCGCUGGUAUCUAACAAACCCUCCUUAAAUACAAAGCACGUCGAGCUCGUGCUGAAAAAGCCCCUUGAUCGGGAGCAAACGCCUUACCACCAGUUAAUUUUAAGUGCUGUUGAUGGUGGGACACCUGAGAAAACAGGCACGGCGAUCAUUAACGUGCGAGUCCUGGACUCAAACGACAACGUUCCCUUGUUUGACAACUCUGUGUACAAGGUGAAACUGUUGGAGAAUUCGCCCAAAAACACCCUGGUUAUCAAAUUGAACGCGACUGAUUUGGACGAGGGCACUAACGGAGAGGUGUAUUACUCUUUCAGCAGCUACACCCCUGAGCGAGUGAGGCAGAUGUUUAGCAUGGACACUAAUACAGGAGAAAUAAGAGUAACCAGCAAUGUUGACUAUGAAGAGACCAACUCCUAUGAGAUGUACAUCCAAGCGAUGGACAAAGGCCCUGGAGCAGUGGCGGCACACUGUAAGGUGGUGGUAGAAGUGGUGGACGUGAAUGACAAUGUCCCUCAGAUUGUGCUGUCGUCCCUGUCCAGCCCGGUGAGGGAGGACGCUCGCGCCGACACAGUCGUGGCCCUCAUUAGCGUCACCGAUCGGGACUCCGGCGCUAACAAGCAGGUGUCUUUAGAGAUCCCAGCAGGCCUUCCGUUCAAGAUCAAAUCCUUCCGAAACUACUACACCCUGGUUACCUCAGCCUUCUUGGACCGCGAGACCACCGAUGCCUACAAUGUCACUCUGAGUGCCACCGACGGAGGAACCCCCCCCCUUUCCUCUCAGAAGACCAUCCAGGUCGACGUGGCUGACGUCAACGACAACCCACCGCGAUUUGAGCAGACGUCAUAUACUGUCUAUGUGACUGAGAACAAUGGCCCCGGGGCCUCGUUGUGCACUGUGAAAGCUCAAGACGCUGACAUCAAGGAAAACGCACGUAUCACCUACACGGUGCUCAAUGACAAUAACCACGGCAUCCCUGUUACGUCUUAUGUCUCCGUCAAGGCCGAUACUGGGGAGGCUUAUGCCCUGCGAGCCUUCGACUAUGAGUCGCUCAGAGAGUUUCACUUCCAGGUCAAAGCCCAGGAUGGGGGCAUUCCUCCGCUUAGUCGCGUAGCCACCGUCUACAUCUACAUCAUGGAUCAGAAUGACCAUGCACCACUCAUCGUCAACCCUCCGGGUAAUGGCACGCGCUCCUUGGAGACGGUUCAAAAGAACGCAGAUCCCGGCGCCUUAGUGACCAAAGUGGUGGCAUACGACGCAGACGCCGGUCCAAACGCCUGGCUGGUGUACAUGCUGGAUACAGCAACGGACCUGGACUUGUUCAAGGUGCACGAACACACGGGGGAGAUCAGGACCACUCGCAGGAUCCUGGAAGACAACUCCACCUCAUUUGCUCUGACAGUUUUAGUGAAAGACCAUGGGCAGCCUGCCCUCUCCUCCACCGCCACCAUCAACGUGGCGGUCAUGGAAGUGCCCCCCAAGAUUGUCCCAGACCCCAAGAGGAUCAUCAGACCCCACAGCCCACUGCUUCUUUCAAACGUAACUCUCUACUUGAUUGUCGCUCUGAGUGCCACCACCUUUGUUUUCCUGGUCACCGUGGUGGUACUAGCGAUUGUCCGCUGCCAUGCCUAUUGUACCCAACCUGGCUCCUGCUCUCCUUGCUGUGGGUCACAGAAACCCCCUCCUGACGGCGGGAACGGUAGCGUGAGUGCCGGCGGAGGUGGAGCUGCCGGGGGAGCCGCAGGGCAACCGAAUAACAAUGUGGUACUCCGAAGAGACCUUAAAGUUGAGCCUCACUACAUUGAAGUGCGCGGGAAUGGCUCGCUAACAAAGACUUACUGCUACAAGACCUGCUUGACUGCCACCUCUGGCAGUGACACCUUCAUGUUCUACAACACAGGAAGGCCCAUCAGUGGCACCUGGGGCAGCGGUGCCGAUCGCUUCUUCACAAGCGGAAGCGGAUUUGUACGCAGGCUGAGCAUGCCGGAUGCCUCACUUCAAAUUUGCCCAGAGCCAAAAGCCCCGAACGCUGACUGGCGAUAUUCUGCAUCUUUGAGGGCCGGGGUGCAGAGUUCGGUUCACAUGGAAGAGGCCUCUGUGAUGCAGGGAGCUCAGGGCAUGCUGGUCCAGAACUGGCCUACAGUGUCCAGUGCUGCAGACGGUGAAGGUGGUGGAGAGCUCUCCCCUCCAGUAGGAGCCGGUGUCAACAGCAACAGCUGGCACUUCCGAUACGGAGCCGGACAAAGCUACUGCCCGCCACAGGGCCUGAAACCUGGCGAGAUUCCUCCUGAAGCCUUCAUCAUCCCCGGAUCCCCGGCCAUCAUUUCUAUCCGCCAUGACCCCGGCCCUGUUGACGAUAAAGGGGAUUUCAUAAGCUUUGGAAAGAAGGAGGAAGCCAAGAAGAAGAAGAAAAAGAAGAAGGAUAAAAAAGAAAAGAAAGAGAAAGGGAAGGAUGAUGGAGGGGAUGAUUAAAGAGGGCUGAAUUGAAGCUAUUAAGAUGCCAUCCUGAUUACGGAGCCAAAAAGCCAAAUUGAUAUGAAGGAGUCUCUGCAGCAUAUGCAUCACAGUACACACUCUACUUACAUUGUACAUUUGCCAAUCGCUUAUUCGGUGGAGCUCGGCUCUCUGCACAAAGCAAACCUGCUCGACAAAUGCGCCUCCUCUCUUCUAUGGCUCAUUUGGCCUUCAACUUUGACCAAUAGUAGUUCAUUCUAUUCAAAUGUAUAUUCAGAUGGCCUUUUGGGGGAUUGGUAUAGUAGCUUGAAAAUUGCAUUCACUCCCAAGUUUGUAUAAUGAAAAUCAAAAUGCCAUAAAAAAAGCGAUUUGUAUCCAACUAUUGUCAGGAAAGCAUGCUUGAACAAAUGAACCCUGCAUACUGUCGCAUCUAGAUAAGUGAAAGCCAAACUGAAAAAUAAGACUUUUUCGUCAGUAUUAAGUAGAUAUCGUAAAUAUUCAGCAAAUGUGGUCUUUUCUAUUUCAAAAAAAAAGAAUGAAAACCUGAAAAAGAAAUAACUGCUAUGCAGACGGUAAGGUGGCACAAAGAUAUCAACUCAAAAUACAGCAAUCUGUCAGUAUACGAUAGCACAUUGCCAACGUUCAGAAUCUACACUGGCUUGUACCAACUGUAUGAAGUUUGUUCCCAGGUCAAUGUCACAAUGUGUUUAACGUUUACAACACUUGGGCCUAACUAGACAUUUUAUCCUGUUUUAGCAUGACAAUGUGAUCUAAAAAUAAGAAAACCAUAUUGAUUGGGCCAUAUUAACCAUUUUUGCAUUAUUAUUUUUUUCCUAAGGCAGCCUCUUGAAAUUCACAUGACCAUUUUGUAAAAUAGGCCAACAUCAAUAUUUAUUGGAAAUUAGAUAUUCUUAAUUCAUUCCAUUAAAGUAAUGUUCAGCCUAUCAGCCAAAAGGACUGAUUAUUUGGGGCAAAUUAAACAUAGGUUGAUGCAAUAAUAAAUAUGAACCAAGGUGUUCAUCCUAUCUCGAAUAACACCGAAUGAGAACUUUAUCUGAGCAAACACUGAAAAAAAGUACAAGAAAUUAUUUGGGAACAUUUUAAAUGACCUCAAAUCUUUUAAGAACACAAUUUAAUGUAAAUUAAAAUUACAUCCUUUAAUUUUGGUGAGUGCAAUUAUGAGACUUGGUAUGAUUUGCACCAUCUUUAUUGCUAGCUUGACUAUUUUGUUGUUGCCUCUUGUACUCUUGUGACGCAGUGUAAUUUAUGUGCAGUUGAUCUAAACAGCACAACUCUAAAGGGACGUAAUCCAGUUGUGCACCAUCAUAUUCAAUCUGAAACACACAUUAUUGUAAACACAGACUCCCCAACAUCAAUUGUACUUUCUUCUCAGUGCUGCAUAUCCAAAGUGCAAACAUAUAGAACAUGCACGCUAUUCUUGAGGUUUGAUGGCAUUCUUAAUAACGAGAGUGUGUUCCGAGGCUGUGAGGCAAGACGGUUGCUUGUUCAAGCCUGAUCCCUCUUCUUCUGUCUUUGAAUGUUAAGUAGAUGUUCUUCAAGCUCAUCACCACCGCUUCGACUGCUUCAGUGCUUGUAGGAUGUGCUUGCCCGCUGCUUUUUUCCUCCCUCCUCGUCCUCCUCCACCCGAAUCGACGUAGUCGGGAAUACCACCCGUAAAAAUGGACUGUAGGACUGGUUGUGUCAUGAUCCAUAUUCACAAACAGAGGACACUGUACUACCUAAUGUCAAACAUUGGCAUUGUUCCCUUAUUAUGUCAUCAGAGGAAGUUGUGUUGAAUACUUGUAUCUGAGCCAUCCAUCAAUGUUACGAGAACAUUGAAAAAGGUUUGAAAUUGGAAGGCAGUUUACCAUUCGCACCAACAAGAAUUUGAACAUGGUGACCGUCUUAUUUUACUGAGUAAGCUCAGUUACUGCAAAUAAGUCGUUGUUUUUUUAUGAGCUGUUUUGCUAGUGUAUAAACAAAUGUAUAAAAAAAGAUUAACUUUAUUUUGCCCUUACUUGAGGAAUCUAGCAUGGGAGGAGAUGUGUAGUUUGAGCUGAAGGCAAUGCAAGUGGACGUGUCUCAAGUCUGUCAGUGUUACGUUUCUGGAACCAUCCUAUUUCCAGUCACAGCUGUGGGCACUGUUAUCAUGCUCAAAACCAACCAUGCUCACCUUUCCUUGCCCCCGUCCGUCCGUCCGUCAGGUGUACAUCUGUGCUGUCAGAUCACCAAGUGUUUGCAUGUUAAAAGCAAAAACAAAUAGUAUACAAAAAAGAAAAUGAUAUAUAUUAGACCUUUUUUCACUGGGAAAUGUGUAUUGGAUAACAUAAACCUGAAUACAAAUCCAUGUACACACAACACAAUACAAACAGUACCGUAUUCUACGGACUAUACGGCGCACCUAAAAACCUAGAAUUUUCGCAAAAGCCGACAGUGCGCCUUAUAGUCCGGUCCGCUUUAUAUAUGCACCAAAUUCCUAAAUUUAAACUGGCCCGAAGCAUUGUGUCAUGAAAUCAAUCAUAAGUGGCCCGCUGAAGACUAUGAAUCAAGAAUCAAAAAGACUAUGGAUCAUUAUUUUGUGAUUAUAAAAUAGUUUGUUGCGUCUGAAGUUGAAAUAAAAAAGAUAAAAUGGAGAAUGAUUUGAUUUGGAUUAAAAAUCGGACAUGAUGCAUUAAUGGUGCGCCUUAUAUAGGGACAAAGUUUUAAAAUGGGCCAUUCGUUGAAGGUGCGCCUUAUAGUCCGGAAAUUACGGUACUCGAAUUUGUGGCAAAACCUAAAAGUAUGACAUUUUUUUUAUCCUGUAAAAGUAGCACUGGAUCGUCUGUAUAUUCCUGAUGCUACUGUGUUAUGCUAUGAAUUUUUUGGGGGGCAUAUGGUUUACAUUGGUAAGAAAAUUGACCCUUGAACUUUUGAAAUGAUCAAACAAACACUGUUGUGAACUCAUGUACACACCCUCCAUAACUAUUCCUUACUUAAUGAAAACAAAAAAGGUUGAAAAAGAGGACCAAAAAAAAUCCAAAAUAAAUAAAAUGUAAAAAAAAAAAAAGUUGAUGUAUUCUCUGCUCGUGUAUAGUGAAUAUUUGUCAGUCACUGGGUGUGACAGUGGGUGGCACAUGCUAAUGACAGUGCAGAUCUGUUCAUAAACUUCUUUUGUACACCUGCUUAUUGUUAAGGUGAUAAUAGUGGUUCUAAUGACUUCAUCAACCUGGUAAUGUGUUUUGUUAAAAAGUCACAAAUAAAGGUUUUCUUAAAUAUCUCAAA